GAGUGCCGCUCCACCCACGACCUCCUGACCUCCCUGCGUCAGGUGGAGAAGAUGCUCUCGGUCCACGAGGCUUCGUACCAGCAGGGCCUCCGCUCGCUCAGGAAGAAGAUGAGCGCUCUGCACAACAGCACCAUGUCCAUCUUUAAAACCGGAGCAACCUGCUCCAAACCAGAACUCCCCGCUAACGGGCGGAGACUGGGUCGGGUGUUUGGCAUCGGACACGAGGUCCACUUCCUGUGCAAACCAAGCUACGAGCUGAUUGGCCCGCGAACACGAGUGUGUCUGGACUCUCUGAGGUGGAGCGGACAGCAGCCCAUGUGCAGACGUUUAAACGCCAGUGGAAACUCUCUGACCUCUUUCACUCCUGCUUCUCCUUCCUCCUUCCCUGUCUCUGCCGCUCUGUUUUCUUCCUCUCCCUCUCCCACCUCCUCUUCCUCUUCCUCAUCCUCCUCUUCCGCCUCCUCCUCUUCCGCCUUACUAUCUUUACCUCCUCCCUCCUCCUCCUCCUCCUCACCCAUGUCCUCCCCCCCAUCCUCUGUCCGUCCCUCUCACUGCACUCACUUCCUGGGCUCCACCCGCUGCACCUGUGACGUUGGAUUCACCAUUUCAGGCCGAGACAACAACAUCUGCACAGACAUCGACGAGUGCCUCCUGUUCCCCCUGGCUCAGCCCGGCCGGCUGUGUGUGCAUCAGUGUGUGAACACGCCCGGCAGCUUCCACUGCUUCUGCCCCGCCGGGUACGACCUGUCCAGAGAUGCUCGCAGCUGCACAGACGUGGACGAGUGUGAGAACCGGAUGCACAACUGCUCAGCAGACCAGGUGUGUGUGAACACUUUCGGAGGUUUCCAGUGUGUGAAGGUGGAGUGUCCUCAAAUGAAGAACGCCACGUACAUCAAGACGUCAUCGAU